UCGAUAAUGCACAUCAAGCGUAUGUUUAUUAAAAUCUUGAAUUUUUUUUUAAAACUAUAAUCAUGGCAACAUCAAUGUUCAUACGUUUCUCUAAUUUUCGUAAUUUAUUGAAAAUAAAUAGCAAUGUUCUCGGUAUAUCAUCGAAUACAACCCAAUGUUUGGAAUCCAUCUCUCGUUUAUCUAGUACACAACAAUCUGAAGCUUUGACAGAUCAAAGCGGCAUCAAGAUAUUACAUACAACCAAAGCUAUGCAAACUUAUAUGAAGCGCAUCAAAAAGCAUGAGGAAUUAAUGGAAAAAGAAGUAUUUGAAUAUGAAAAGGGUAAAAGACAUCUUGCAAAUAUGAUGGGUAUGGAUGCCGAAAAUUUUACGGAUGAAGAUGUUGAUAGAUCAUUAGAAUAUCUUUUUCCAUCUGGGUUGUACGAUCCCAAAGCACGACCCUUGAUGAAACAUCCAAAAGAAAUCUUUCCACCUCAGAAGGUAGCUGAAUUUUCUGCCGAUGGAAAACCGUUACAUCCAUUCUUUUUUAUGAUAACACCUGUCUAUUACGAAACACUUCAUAGUAUAGUAGAACAACUCAGAAAUUUAGAUGACUUAGAAGAUAAGUUUACUAAAUCUACCGGAACGCUUCCCAAUGAAAAUAAAAUGGAUCCACAUGAAUCGGUAUGGAUAACUAAAGUUCAACUAGAAAAUUUAUUGCUUGAAAAAUUGUAUGAUGAUCAAUACGAAUAUUUUAUCAAAACAAUGGAGAAGCUAUUGAAUCAUCCGUUAUCCCAAAGAGCAGAAGAAUUUAUCAUGAAGUACAGAAUAAAAUUAGCAAUAAACACGAAAGACUACAACUUUUUGCCUAUAAUGUAUACAGAGGAUGGAAAACCAUAUGUUAAGGUAUUCCCUUGUCAAAGAAAAUCUGCAACUGCAACGGUAACAGUUUUUGGUGAAGGUACUGGAAAAAUAACUAUUAAUGGAAAGGACAUCUCUUAUUUCAAGGACAUGCAAUCUCGGCAGCAG